GGUAAUUGAAACUGAUCUCAAGCUUUCUUAUGUCUUCUUUCUAGCAGACCUGAGUAUUGCUAACUUGAUCAUUGGAGUGUCUACCCCAAUGACCAACCUUAGGGCCUUGCAAGUUAACCGAAGAGCAAAUCUGAACUGAAGAAGGAUCUAAAGUUCCUUGCAAUUACAUUUGGCGUCGUCUAUGGGAACUUGAGCUAAAAGCUUUGUUAGUGGUUAAGAUGGUCAACACACGUUCAACCCAACAUGGGAGUCCUCAGCAAGGUAGGGGAAGAGGUCAAUUCCACGUGUUCGGCGUGUUUCAACUUGUACAUGCACAAUUAUUGGCUAGAGACAACCUGGGUGAUCCCUUCAUCGCCCUAUUAAACCCAACCAAUCAUGCAACCAAUCACCAGCCUCAGCAAAAUGCCAAUUCCCUAGUUCGAAGUGCUGUUUCACCUCAUCGCGAGUCCCAAGGCCAAUCCUACAUGGCACCUCCACCCCCAAACCCACCUCAAGUAGUUGCCUUGGAUGUUUCUAAGAGGUUGGACAACCUAGAGAAAAUGAUGGCAGAAAAUCGAAAUGCAAUACCUUCAACUGAAUCCAGCUCCACCUCUAUCCCCAUUCCCUUAAACUUAAACAUCCUUCAAGAAUCAUACCCACCCAAAUUCAAGAUGCCCCAAUUUGAGACCUAUGGUGGGGCCAAGGAUCCCGAUGAUCAUUUGCAUGUGAUGGGUGUAGAAUUGCCAGACAAUAAACCUGAUGAUGAGACUAAAGCCACCUCAGUGGAAAAGGUGGAGGAAGUGCAGAUUGAUGAUAAUGAUCCCACCAAGAAGACGCAAAUUGGAACAAAACUAAACCCGAGAGAGAGGGAAGAGCUCAUAGGCUUCUUGAAGGCGAACAAGGAUGUAUUUGCAUGGACCUCGACUGACAUGCUCGAAAUCCUAACUUCAAUUGCAGUUCACAAGUUGAGCACUAAUCCCUUGAAGAAGCUCGGUACCAUCAGGUUCACAUGGCAAUCAAGGACAAGGUCAAGACUUCCUUUUAUGCGAGGGAUAAGAUCUAUUGUUAUGAACCUAGAAGUCUACGUUGAUGACAUAAUAGUUAAAAGCCUCAAGGUAGAAGACCACCUAAUCGACCUGGCCGAGAUGUUUGACAAUCUAAGGAAGCACAGCAUGAGGUUGAAUCCUACCAAGUGUGUCUUCGGUGUUGAAUUAGGUAAAUUCUUGGGAUUUAUGGUUUCUAAGAGAGGGAUAGAGAUCAAUCCCAAAAAGAUAAAGGCAAUAGAAGAAAUGAAGCCACCGAAGUCAAUCAAGGAUGUACAGCACCUAAUUGGACGGGUAGCAACUUUGCACAGGUUCAUCUCUAAGUCAGCAGAUAAAUGUUUACCUUUCUUCAAAGUCCUCAGUGAACACGCACUAAAGUUCAAUUUCGCGGUAACAAACAACAUGGCUGAGUAUGAGGCACUGCUCCUAGGACUCCGUUCAACGGCCGAGCUCAAGAGAUUCCAACUGACGAAGGUUUCGAGAACAAAAAAUGAACAAGCAAACUUCUUGUCAAGAUUAGGUUCUAACAACUCCGAUGGGAUGAGAUCUGUCUAUGUCGAAGUCCUCAAUGAACCGAGCUUCCAAAGGUCAAAGGAAGACGCGAAGCUAUUUGUGGAGAGGUGCCAAAAGUGCCGACUCUUCUCACACCUCACUCAUCAGCCAGCGAAGGAGCUCAUUAACUUCAUUGCACCAUGGCCUUUUGCCCAAUGGAGCAUAGAUUUCUUGGGCCCUUUUAUCAAAGGUGUAAGGGGAGUGACGCAUUUAGUUGUUGCUGUUGAUUAUUUCACCAAGUGGGUGGAAGCUCGGCCUCUCUCUAGUUAUGGGAUCAAGCUAGUGUUCACUUCGGUUUGCCAUCCUGAGGCGAAUGGAAUGAUUGAAUCAGUCAACAAAGUUAUCUUAAAGGGGAUCAAGCUGAGGUUGGAUCAAUUCAAAGCCAAGUGGGUAGACAAGCUCAACAAUGUCUUGUGGGCUUAUCGAACUACAUGCCGAACAAUUCAAAGCCAAUACUCAUUGUUCCUUCUUAAGACAUCUCCGUUUCGUAACUCUCGCUACAAGGAGUAGGAGAAGAGAACAGUUAGAAUCCUGAGUUAGCUCCUUUUCACAUUCUACUUAACUCUCAGACCUAUCCCUAAUUUCCCUAGUUGGACUUAGUCUUAAGUCAAAACAAGUUAUAAUUAAAUCAAACACCUCACU